AAAAUUAAAAACCCUUUAUAUUUAAACGUGCUUUAAAAUGUAAUGCUAAAAGGUUUAACUAAUAUGACUUACUUUUUUUUGCUAUUUUAGGGUAUUGACAAGACGAAAAUUUAAGAAGAACUACAGUGAAAGUAUUACGGCAAAAAGAUAUUCGAGGAACGAAAAGGAUCGAUUAAAUUAAAGACAAGACUCAUUCAUGUGAUUCACACUGAACAAAUCAAAUUCUAUUUAUUCUGGUUCCUGAUCCUUACGAAAAUAAUGAUUCUGCAUAAAAAUUCACAUAUUGUACAUCUUGUUAUGUAUAAGGCAUGUCUGUAAAUACUCAUUUCCCGCUGUUUAAACAACUAUUUGUAAACUAUAUUUAAUGUGUAUUCAGAAUUUAGAAUGCAUUUUUGUGUUUGGUAACAGGAAAAGAUUUUAUGAAAUAAAAUGUGAUAGAUAUUUAAAGAUUAAUUAUGAACUCUUCAAACUGGGGCUCAAAUGUCGCCAUCUUACACACCAUCUUCAAUUUCACAGAACCAUUUCAUCCGUUCGAACUUAUACCGGAAGUAUCAACUUUCGAAUUUAUAACCGAAGGUAUUAUGGUAACUACCAUAGGAAUGCUUGGAGUAAUAGCCAAUAUAGUGUCAUUGGUAAUCUUAUCUCGACCACAAAUGCGGUCGUCAAUCAAUUGUGGCUUACAAGGUUUAGCCAUCUUUGACACCAUAGUUCUGCUCUGUGCUGUACUUAUGCUGGGUUUGAACAAACUUGGGUGCAGACUUCAGCUACUAAGCUCUUACGCCUUGUAUGUGUCACCUUUCAUAAUUCCAAUCGCUUAUCCUGUUGGCUUGAUUGCCCAAACAGGAUCCGUCUGGACAACAGUCGCUGUGACAGUCGAGCGGUACAUUGCUGUAUGUCACCCCUUGAAGGCAAAGUCCUUGUGUACCUACAGAAGAGCUAGAUUCUUCAACCUCUUUAUCACUAUCAUGGCCAUCGUGUACAACAUACCACGCUUCUGGGAAGUUGAACAUUCUGAGUUCUUUGCACCUGAAUUGAAUCACACUGUCUACAAGAUAGUAGCUUCUCAGUUGAGAGUGAACAAGUUGUACUACGAAGUCUAUCACAUAUGGUUGUAUCUCUUGGUUAUGUACUUCAUACCAUUCUUGAUUUUAACUGUUUUUAACAUAUAUAUUUGGCACACAGUAAGACGAGCUAAUAGGGAGAGGCAAACUCUCAGUCGCAAACAAGAAGGCGAGUUUAGUCUUGCCAUGAUGCUUCUUUGUGUUGUAGUUGUGUUUUUAACUUGUAACAUACUUGCACUUGUAAUUAACAUUAUCGAAUACUUCGAUAUAUUUUUACCUCCACUGGUUAGAGUCUCUAACCUGUUGGUUACGGUAAAUUCAUCUGUGAAUUUCGUUAUUUAUUGUAUAUUUGGUCGGAAAUUCAAAAGAACAUUUUUGGUGUUGUUUUGUAAAUAUCCAAUUCAGCGAGCUAGUUUAAAUGACAGCUUUCAAGGAAGUACUUGGAUACGAUUCCGAACCAUCAAAUCAUCUUCUUUGUCUCUUAAUUAUUCGGUAAAUGGAAACGGACAUUGCCACAUGUAAAAUUACAUAUCUUCAUCUAUGUAUUGUGUAUUUGUUUACAUUUCAAUUGUUUCAUUGAUGUAUUUGGUGUAUUGUUCAAAUGUUGCGUUUUGUAACACGUGAUAUGACUGUAUAAUUCAUAAGACUUUCUUGCUUGACUCAAAAACUUUAAAUGCGUAAUUAUUUACCUCUUUUUUACUCAUUCAUGCCAACGAAUAUAAAAUUAAAUGCAUUAUUUCAGUUGAAACGCUAUUACCAUGAAAAUCAUACAACGAAAAAUUGAACUUUCAGAAUUUAUGUACUAAAAUAAACCUUUUUCAUCAAGAUUUUAAAAAAAUUCAAAUUUUUUAAAUGUUUCAAACCAAAAGAUAAUAUUUUUAUUGUUUUUGUUCCGUUAUUUUCAUUUAAAUUCACAAUAAACAAACACAAGAUACAAAAUUACGCAUUCUACACAACUAUAAUGGAGUCAUUAAUUUUAAUUCUUGUUCCCAUUUUAAAUAUAGCAUAAAAAUAAAUGUUAAUUUUAAUCUUAAAACAUUAGGGUUUGUUAUAGGCCGGUAAAAGUUUUUAAAAAGAGUGUCAGGAAAAGAAUUUUUUUUUCUAGAAUAUUGACAUUAUCUUGAUUGUUUGUUAAAUUGAAGAGAAGAUAAAUUUGUUUUCUAAGUUAAUAAAAAUAAUACAGAAAAUAAUAUACUAUGUUUACAAACUAAAUGUUAAAUGC